CAUUCUCUCUCCCUCUCUCUCUCCCUCUCUCUCUCUUACCCACACGGUGCAGAGGACAACCAGCGAAAAACUGACCCCUCAACUGAUAAAUUUCCCACAUAUGCAAAACACACACAACAAACCUCAGAAUUCCCAGGCCUAAGCAACCCACAUAGUAACUCAAAACCUAGUCGCUCGCAGGUAGUUAUCUCCCCUUAAAUCCUGCUUUCCACUCUCCCGAAAUAUUAGGUACGAGGUCCAUUCUUUCCCUGAAAAAUUCACAGCAGCCAUGAGUUCUCUGACCUGCUCUGUUUCUGUUUCCCCUGUUAGUUGCUUCGAAACGAAUUUAAAGGCAGGUUAAAUUGAUGGGUCGAUGAAAGCUAGUUCUGUUGAGUUUCCCAUUUCGAUUCAGUGGUUAUGGGUUCUAGCACACAUUUUAUUUACCAAAAAUUGGUUGUUUUUGUUGGAAUCUUCUGGGUUUCUCUCUCCACCUACUUUGUUCCCCAGUUCAGUUUCUUCAGGGCCUACCUGUUCAGAUUCAUAAGAAAUGACAGCGAUUCAAAGGGUACUUCAAACCGUGUGGGCAUUUAUUCCAAAGAAAACAGAGGAAAAGAUUUGGAUUUUAUCGAGCCAAAGCCGGAGUUACAACCAGAGAAGCACAAAGAGGUAGAACCCAAGCAAGAUUCAAUUGAUUUUAACGAUGGGUUUACCGAGAAAAAGACACCAGAGUUCAGUUUCACGUUUAAGUUUCCGACUUACGAAGAAUUCAGUCUAAUCAGGGGAGAAAUUGGGGAUUCUAUCAGGUUUGAAACGGAGGCAGUGAGCUUUAAUCCAAAUGAACUAACUAAUGAUUCAAAUGUUGGUUCUUUUGGUGAUAGAGAUGGUGCAAAUGAUGGGAAGUUUUCGCAAAUUAAUUGCGAAGUAAAAUCUUUUUGUGAAGAUUCUGAAGAAAUACCAGAGGAAUCAGCUUAUGGUGAAGCAAAAGCUAUUGGAGAAGAGUUACCAGUGGAAUCAACUAGUGAUUUUUUUUCAGAUGAUGUACUGGAGAAAAUCGAGGCAAUGACAAACACAAAAGAGGAAGAAAAUUCAGUUGACACAGGGAAAAUUUUAGCUUCUGAUGAUGUUCAGGUUCACUCUGAAAAGGAUUCUUCGGGUAUGGAUUCUGACUCAGAGUCAUUCAGUUCGAGUCCUCUGCGUUCAGUUAUGAAACGUUUGAUGGAUUCGUAUAGCGAUAGUUUUUUAUCGGAUGGGGAUUUCGGAGGAGAAAUGUCGGAUUUUGAUGAAACCAGUUUCGAUGAUUCCAACAAGGAUCCCAAAGGGGUUGAAUUUGAUGAGGAUGAUAAGGUUUCAAUGGAAGAACAAGAGGCUGAUUUCCAAGAUGAAGGGAAUUUGAAUUCCGAUUUUUUAUCAGAAAAAGAUUUUCCUGGGAAAAUGGACGAGUCAACUGAUAAAGUUGAUCCUGGAAAAGUCAGUUCAAAGGAAACGCAGGAUUGGGAUUCAGAGGAUUCAAACAAGAUGGAAACAUUGUGGGAACACCAAGAUUUGAUAGAACAGUUGAAGAAUGAGCUGAAAAAGGUGAAGGCCACGGGGCUACCCACGAUUCUCGAAGAAUCCGAGGAGUCGCCGAAAAUGAUGGAGGAUUUGAAGCCAUGGAAGAUCGACGAGAAGUUCCAGCGCGCAGACCGAAUGGACGACCUUCACAAGCUGUACAGGAGUUACCGAGAACGGAUGCGAAAAUUCGACAUCUUGAAUUUCCAGAAGAUGUAUGCAAUAGGUUUUCUGCAGCUUAAGGACCCACUCAAGUCGAUUCCGACGUCUCAGAAAUCUGUGGUUCAAUCCGUUUUCCCGGAAAAGAAUUUCCUAAGCAAGCGUAAGAAAACGGGGAGCGAUCCAACGAUGAAGUUCAUGGAAGAGUUGCAGAGUGAGUUGGAAGUUGUGUAUGUUGGGCAGAUGUGCCUUUCUUGGGAAAUCUUGCACUGGCAAUAUGGGAAGGCCUUGGAGCUGUGGGAAUCAGAUCAUCGCGGAAUUCGACUGUACAAUGAAGUUGCAGGAGAAUAUCAGCAGUUUCAGGUGCUCAUGCAACGGUUUGUAGAGGAUGAGCCUUUCCAAGGGCCUAGAGUUCAGUAUUAUGUCAAGAGCCGAUGCGUUCUUCGCAAUCUUCUUCAAGUUCCUGUUAUAAGAGAGGACACUAGGGAUAGGAAGAAGGCAAUGAAGAGAGGAGACUAUGCAAUUACAAGUGAUGACCUAGUAGAGAUCAUCGAGGAGUCUAUUCGAAUCUUCUGGCGAUUCGUUCGAGCAGAUAAAGAUUGUUCUAGCACGAAUGCAAAAUGUCGAAAGGGGCCUCCUCACAUCGAACUCCAAAACCCAGAAGACUCCGAGCUUCUGAUGGAGGUCCGAGCAAAUCUGCAAAAGAAGGAGAAGAAGCUUAGAGAGCUCUUGAGGUGCGGAAGUUGCAUAUUGAAGAGGUUUCAGAAGAGUAACGAAGACGGUUCGGACCACGUCCUGUACUUCUUCUCACAGGUGGACAUGAAUUUGGUUGCCAGGGUGUUGAACAUGAAUAGAUUAACAACAGACCAACUGAUUUGGUGUAGGAAUAAAUUAACCAAGAUUAGUUUUGAAAAUAGGAAGAUACGCGUAGAGCCUUCGUUUCUGUUGUUUCCUUGUUAAUAAAAUUGUAAUUAAUUAACCCUUCUUUUCCCCCAUUGUUUCAUACCUAGAUCUAUCUAGAGGAAUAGAAAUCCAUUUUUGUGGUGGGUAGAGAUGGUGAUUGACAAGUU